AAUAGAUAGAAGGUUCGCUUACACCAAGAGAGACGUAAGAGGCCUUAUGGGAGAUCAGCCACUGCGAAAGUCAAUCAUCCUUCCUAAAUCUACUUUGGGCCUUUGUCUCUCUCUCGCUGUAGAAACUAAUGGUACGAUCUUCAGUGGGAAGUUGUUGGGAGACAAGGAAAAGAAAAAUGCCAAGAAGGUUGCGACAGUUUUUGCCAAGACUGUAGCAAGAUCAGCGGCACCCGUGCAAUGUGUUGAUUGUGAAUGUACAGCUGGAAAUACGGGUGUUUCUUUCAUGGAGUGCUACCUCUGUACCAUGCCUUCUUCUUUCAGAUAUAGUCCAGAAAUUUACGGGAUGGACGAAGAAGAUGAUCUGAGUACAAAUUUUUUCGACGCAUUCAGUUUUUAGAAUUUUGACAUCUACUUAUUGUGUCUCAUUCAUAAUAUUUAUAACUUCGUAACGUAAGUUUGUACAUUGCAAGAAUUUUUCAUUAAACAUUUUAUGAAUAAA